UCACGCGCGGUCCAUUGCGCAUGUGCGUUGCUAAGGGUAGCGCAGGUAGCCAGAGUGGUUUGCUGAGAGAAGCCUGUUGCUGUCGAGUCAGGGAGGAGGGGCCCGAGGCGUGAGGGAAGCCGCGAUGAGGGCUGUGUUGACGUGGAGAGACAAAGUGGAGCAGUGUAUCUACGACCUCGCGUUCAAGCCUGAUGGAACGCAACUGAUUCUGGCUGCAGGAAACAGAUUGCUGGUUUAUGACACCUCCGAUGGCACCUUACUUCAGCCCCUCAAGGGACACAAAGACACUGUGUACUGCGUGGCAUACGCAAAGGAUGGCAAGCGCUUUGCAUCUGGAUCUGCUGACAAGAGCAUUAUUAUCUGGACCUCAAAACUGGAAGGCAUUCUGAAGUACACGCACAAUGACUCUAUACAGUGUGUCUCCUACAACCCCAUCACCCACCAGCUGGCAUCCUGUUCCUCCAGUGACUUCGGACUGUGGUCUCCUGAGCAGAAAUCUGUCUCCAAGCAUAAAUCCAGCAGCAAGAUCACCUGCUGCAGCUGGACAAACGACGGUCAGUACCUGGCUCUGGGGAUGUCCAAUGGGGUCAUCAGCAUCCGGAACAAAAAUGGCGAAGAGAAAGUGAAGAUUGAGCGGCCAGGGGGCUCCUUCUCCCCAAUAUGGUCCAUCUGCUGGAACCCUUCAAGAGAGGAACAUAAUGACAUCCUGGCUGUAGCGGACUGGGGACAGAAACUUUCCUUCUACCAGCUGAGUGGAAAACAGAUUGGAAAGGAUCGGCCAUUGAACUUUGACCCCUGCUGCAUCAGCUACUUCACCAAAGGAGAGUACAUUUUGGUGGGGGGUUCAGACAAGCAAGUAUCUCUUUUCACCAAGGAUGGAGUACGACUGGGGACCGUUGGGGAGCAGAACUCCUGGGUGUGGACCUGUAGAGUGAAACCUGACUCCAACUAUGUGGUGGUGGGCUGCCAGGAUGGCACCAUUUCCUUCUACCAGCUCAUCUUCAGCACAGUCCACGGCCUCUACAAGGAUCGGUACGCCUACAGGGACAGCAUGACAGAUGUCAUCGUCCAACACCUGAUCACGGAGCAGAAAGUUCGGAUUAAGUGCAGAGAGCUUGUCAAGAAAAUUGCCAUCUACAAAAAUCGAUUAGCUAUCCAGCUGCCAGAGAAGAUCCUCAUCUAUGAGCUGUACUCAGACGACUCAGUGGACAUGCACUACCGGGUGAAGGAGAAAAUUGUCAAGAAGUUUGAGUGCAACCUGCUGGUGGUGUGUACUGACCACAUCAUCCUGUGCCAGGAGAAACGGCUGCAGUGCCUGUCCUUCAGCGGAGUGAAGGAAAGGGAGUGGCAGAUGGAGUCUCUCAUUCGGUACAUCAAGGUGAUCGGUGGCCCUGCUGGAAGGGAAGGUCUGUUGGUGGGCCUGAAAAACGGCCAGAUUCUGAAGAUCUUCGUGGACAAUCUCUUUGCCAUUGUCCUGCUGAAGCAGGCCACAGCCGUGCGCUGCUUGGAUAUGAGUGCCUCCCGGAACAAGUUGGCUGUGGUAGAUGAAAAUGACACAUGCUUGGUGUAUGACAUCCAUACGAAGGAGCUGCUCUUUCAGGAACCAAAUGCCAACAGUGUGGCCUGGAACACCCAGUGUGAGGACAUGCUCUGCUUCUCCGGAGGAGGCUACCUCAACAUCAAGGCCAGCACCUUCCCGGUGCACCAGCAGAAGCUGCAAGGGUUCGUGGUUGGCUACAAUGGCUCCAAGAUCUUCUGCCUUCAUGUCUUCUCUAUGUCUGCCGUGGAGGUGCCACAGUCUGCUCCGAUGUACCAAUACCUCGAUAGGAAAAUGUUCAAAGAAGCCUACCAGAUCGCCUGUUUGGGAGUGACAGACGCCGACUGGCGUGAACUGGCCAUGGAAGCUCUAGAAGGACUUGAGUUUGAAACUGCAAAGAAGGCCUUUACCAGGGUCCAGGACCUUCGCUACCUGGAGCUGAUCAGCAGUAUUGAGGAGAGGAAGAAGCGGGGCGAGAGCAACAAUGACCUGUUUCUGGCAGAAGUGUUUUCCUACCAGGGGAAGUUCCACGAGGCUGCCAAACUGUACAAGAGGAGCGGGCAUGAGAACCUCGCACUCGACAUGUAUACUGACCUCUGCAUGUUUGAGUACGCCAAGGAUUUCCUUGGAUCUGGAGACCCUAAAGAAACAAAGAUGCUCAUCACCAAGCAGGCCGACUGGGCGAGAAACAUCAACGAGCCCAAAGCUGCGGUGGAGAUGUACAUCUCAGCGGGGGAGCACACCAAGGCCAUAGAGAUCAGCGGCAGCCAUGGCUGGGUUGACAUGUUGAUUGACAUUGCUCGAAAGCUGGACAAGGCUGAGCGGGAGCCCCUGCUCAUGUGUGCUCGGUACUUCAAGAAGCUGGACAGUCCUGGCUAUGCUGCCGAGACCUACCUAAAGGUCGGUGACCUCAAGUCUCUGGUGCAGCUGUAUGUGGACACCAAGCGCUGGGACGAGGCCUUUGCUUUGGGUGAGAAGCACCCUGAGUUCAAGGAUGACAUCUACGUGCCCUAUGCGCAGUGGCUAGCAGAGAAUGACCGCUUUGAGGAAGCCCAGAAAGCAUUCCACAAGGCCGGGAGGCAAGGGGAAGCAGUUCGCGUGCUGGAGCAGCUCACGCACAAUGCCGUGGUGGAGAGCAGGUUUAACGACGCUGCCUAUUAUUACUGGAUGCUGUCCAUGCAGUGCCUCGACAUGGCGCAAGCAGAUCCUGCCCAGAAGGAUGUGAUGCUUGACAAAUUCCACCAUUUCCAGCACCUGGCGGAGCUGUACCAUGGCUACCAAACCAUUCAUCGUUACAUGGAGGAGCCGUUCAGCUUCGAUCUCCCCGAAACCCUCUUCAACAUCUCCAAGUUCUUGCUGCACAGCCUGACCAAGGCCACCCCCUUGGGCAUCUCCAAAGUGAAUACCCUCUUCACACUGGCCAAGCAGAGCAAGGCCCUGGGUGCCUACAAGCUGGCCCGUCACGCCUAUGACAAGCUUCGGGGGCUGCAGAUCCCCGCCAGGAUCCAGAAGUCCAUUGAACUGGGCACCCUGACCAUCCGCUCCAAGCCUUUCCACGACAGUGAGCAAGGUGGCUCUGAGUUCGUGCCUGUGGUGGUGAACCGGUCAGUGCUGCGCUCCAUGAGCCGAAGGGACGUUCUCAUCAAGCGCUGGCCCCCGCCGCUGCAGUGGCAGUACUUCCGCUCACUGCUGCCCGAUGUCUCCAUCACCAUGUGCCCCUCCUGCUUUCAGAUGUUCCAUUCGGAGGACUACGAGCUGCUGGUUCUCCAGCAUGCCUGCUGCCCCUACUGCCGGAGACGCAUUGACGAUGCUGGCCCGUGAGCACGGCUGGCCUCAGGGACAACCUGCUCCCCAGACUGUCGGGAGAAAGAAUUAAACCUUCAGAACAUGUCUCCUGCCCAGAUGAAGUUUGUAUGCUGGGGAGGGCCCUUGCCUCGUGUAACCACGGGUUUCCUAUUUAUGGCAUUCCGUGCCUUGUAAAUAGUGCCAGGAGAUGGAGAAGGUACGUACAUAUAUUUUCUAAGAAAAAAAAAUCUGUUACUUUUAGAAGGGCUCAAGUGUUCACGGCAGCCUGCUGGAGCCCACAGAUCUGUCAGCCCGUUACUGUGUGCACUUAGCCAACAGAUUGCCCCAAUAACGACAAAUAAAAGGGCUGCUCGUUUCCAUCAGCGUCUGCGUCUCAGAAACCCUCAUAUUGUCUGCAACUUAAUUUCCUUAUGCAAAAGUGCACCUGUUUCUAAUUUGAUCUGAAAGGAACAUUGCUUUCGCGUGCUCUUAAAAACGUAAUCUAAUGAGAAGACAGCAUGGGAAGGGGCGGGGACAUGGGUGUUUUGUUGUUGUUUAUUCAUUUCGUUUCAACGAGGAUCCAUUUUGACAAGAAGAUACCCGGCUCCAAAGAAUAGUCUUGUCCUUGGAGCUGCCCUGGAGACCAGUCAUGGGGUCCGCUUCCACAGGGUGCUCAGCCUCGUGGCUCCUUCCCUUCCUUCUAGGGCAUGAAGCUGGAGGUUCUAGCUGGGAUCCGUAGGGUGUUGUGGGAAGGAGAACUCACACACAUGGGGUACCUCUGCAGCCGCAGCCCCCAUGCUGGCCAUCAUCAGAAGAGCAGCAGGUGAUAGGGCCCUCGGGCUUCCAGCCAUGAGUGGGCACCUAGAGGUGUAAUCUCGGAAGUCCUCCUGCAUGCCACCUGCCCAGGGACAGGCAGCAACACCCCCACACUACCACAUACGCAGUAUCUUAACAAGUGGGAGCAGGGAGACUGAGCAGCAGGGAGGCACACUGAAGACCCCCUGUGAGGCUGGUGGGAUGAAGAGAUGAGAGUAGAGCGGGUGGCAGAGGUUAGGCCAGGUCCAGGCCCUCCCCACCCCCUCUGCCUCUGUGGAGAUGAUGGAGGGAGUGAAGGAGGGAGCCAGACAGUUGUGCCAACACAACUCCUCCGUCGAGUGUCUAAUUGCUUAUGAUCAUGCAUGCUCUCUCUCGCACUAAACAUUUAUUAAUGUGUUAGGAUUUCCAUUAGCGCGUGCCUUGAACUGAAAUCAUUUGCAUAUGGCUGAGAAAAAAGUGGGGUGAGGGAGGAAACAGUGCCAGCUACCCAACAGGCGUCA